AGCCGAGCAGGCCCUCAAGCAGAGUCUCACCACGCAGCCGGUGGGAGACCGCCCGCAGGAGAAAGCGUAGCGGGCUGAUCCUCCCCCGCUCCAUUGGAGCGUCGGCCGCGCGCCCGCCAUGCCGCUGCGCCUUGCGCUGUCCCUCCUCGCGGCGGCGUUCGCCAGCGUGGCCUUCGGCGCGCGGGCCCCGGGCGUGACGCGCGCCUUCGAGCGGCAGCGGGCCUCGCCGCCGCUGACGCUGGAGCAGGCGCGGCGCGCCGCGGCGAGAGGCCGCCGACUGGAAGCCCCGGCGGAGGACGACCCCGUGGAGCAGGUGCACAUCAUGCCUGGGCUGUCCGGCGCGGUGACGGUGGUCUUCUUGUCCAGGGAGCGUGGCGUACCCAGCAGGGUCCUGUUCGGGUCCGCGGGGCGCCUCGACCGCAGCGCGGAGGGGAGAGUGCGGACGUACACCACACUGCAGUGCCCGGAGGGCGACUACCUGACCUCCCCACCGAUGGGCGCGCCGCCCAUGGCCCUCCAGGACCUGGCAGACGUGGUGAACACUUCGGCAUUCAGUCCAGAGGAGAGCGCGCAGUACCUUAGGCUAAACUCCGCGUCCGAGGCAUGGGGGGCGCUGCCCGAGGGCUGCGUCGACUACAAGAAUCCCCGUGGCUACUGGGUGUCCAAGUACAUUCACAGCGUCACGCUUCCCGACCUCGAGCCUGACACGGAGUACACCUACCGCCCAGCGGCCGGGACGCGCGAGUUCACCUUCAUGACGCCACCAUCGCCGGGCCACCAGAGCGGGCCGCUGCGUAUCGGGCUGAUGGCGGACAUUGGGAGCACGAACGUGAGCAAGGCCACCAUGGACGCGCUGCUCGGCCAGGAUCUCGACCUCCUCUUCGUGGCAGGCGACUACUCCUACGCGGACGGCUGGGCCGAGCUCUGGGACACCUUCGGGAUCCUCGCGGAGCCCUUGAUGUCCUCCGUGCCUCACGUGGGGGUGCCGGGCAACCACGAGAUCAGCUCGGGCCGGUACCAAGGGCGCGACUGGGAGAUGCGCUACCCCAUGCCCUUCGCCUCCGAUUCCCCGUGGUGGUACUCCUACGAGGUCGGCCUCGUGCACGUGGUGGGCCUCGCCGGCUCCUACGCCCCGACGGGCCCCGGCAGCCCUCAGAACGAGUUCCUCAAGGAGGACUUGGAGGCUGUGGACAGGACCCGCACUCCUUGGGUGGUCGUUCUGUUCCACACGCCCUGGUACAACAGCAACAGUUAUCACUACCUCGAGGGCUUCAACGCGCAGCAGGACCUCGAGGCCACCCUGUACCAGCACGGGGUGGACCUUGUGGUCAACGGGCACGUCCACUCGUACGAGAGGAGCCACCCCGUGUACAACGGCACCGCGGAUCCGUGCGGCAUCACGCACCUCGUCGUUGGUGACGCGGGGAACUACGAGGGGCCGUCCACGGGCGGCUGGCGCCAGCCCCAGCCGACCUGGAGCGCCUUCCGCGAGGCCAGCUUCGGGGCUGGCGUCCUGGUGGUCGAGAACAGCACGCACGCCUCCUGGCAGUGGCGCAGGGCCGCGUGCGCGACCGAGUCUGGCACCCGGGCCGGCGGCGACCCGCACUUCACCUGGACCGGCCCGGCGCCGCACGGGAACUGCACCACCGCCGGCGACAACUCCGCCCAGGCCUACGAGGCGUCCGACGAGGUCCUUCUCGUGAGGGACGCGCACGCCUGCCCCAACCGAGCGGGCUCCAGGCGGCUGCGCGUGGCCGCGCCGGGCCUCGUCAUCUGAGAGCCUAAUUAUGGGGGGGGGGGGCCCUCCGCGAGGCGUUUUUCCGGAGCGCGGGGCCCCGCUCCGCAGAGUUUUGCGCAGCCUUCCCGGCGCAGCCUUCCCGGCGCAGAAGUCGCAGGAGGCGCCAGGCGCGUUACAGUUUCGGGGAGGUAUCUCGGGCGCGUUACAGUUUCGGGGAGGCCUCGCAGUUGUUUUUUUCCGGGCAGGGGCGCCGGCAGGGCUCCUUACAGCAGAGCAGGCCGUCGGCCGUUUCCCCUUGUCGAAUGGGCCCUCCCGCUGCUGGCUCCCCGCCCUCUGCCGCGAAGCCGCAAAAGGGCGGCGGGUACAUUCAUCGGUCGUUUCGUGGAUCCUCAGGUCAGGAGGAGUUGUCAUUUCUACAGAGUAAGUAUGGUUGAUCUCU